UCUCAACUUAAUAGGGCUCGCCAGUCAUUGAUUGCUGCUGGGCUGAGAAUAUGUAAGUGUGUACCUCUUAAGGUAGUUUAUUCGACGUGAGUACCUAAGAGACGCCAAGAAAAAUUAAAAUAUUCAGGGAUGUUCGACGCGAUGAUAACAAUGCUGCUAACCCCCUAUGCUUUUACUAAUUGGUCCUCGUCUACGUGAUAUGCGCUGAUAUGCCCAAGAAGUCAUUAAUGCCACCGCCGUGCUGAUGUGGGCUUUGCUCCUACGUCACAAUUCAUGUAACUUGUCAUAAGCAGAACCCCAAGCAAUCUAAGCACUAUUCGAUAUAGAUCUAUUCCUCAAAAGGGGGGCCCUUAGCGCUAGUUACACUGUUCCCUAACAGCUUCUCUUCUCAAUGAUCAUAAUCCAAAAGACCUUGGAUAAAUGACGGCGGCACGCGUACAACAUUUCUCGUCCCUUGUUAUUAUUCAAAAUACCUUAAUAUUAUCAAAAUGGAAGGCUGAAUUGUUAAAGUUCUCAAGACGACCCUUUUCGGAGAGCAUUAAGUAAUUUUAACUUGUUUAUGGUAAGGAUAUGGUGGCAGUGUCGAUUAAGGAGAUGGGUCUUUGAGCUUUUGGGCCACAUCACUGGUUUAAAUAGCACUAUUACAACGAGAGUUGCUAUAAAACUUGCAAUGUAACAAUGGCGAUGGGAUUGAGCUCCGAAGACCCAUUUUCUUACAUGGCUUCGACCGAACGACUUUGGGAAGACGUCUUAAAACCGACAACGCUGGUGCUUAAGAAUCAAUACAUUGCACCUGAGACUGAACCUACAAAUUGGCUUUAUCAGAUAGGCCGGGAUGUGACCGCCAUCCCACAGAAGGCCACAUCAAUGACCUUCGAGAAGAUAGAAAACACCGAAUCGUUGGAAGUUGACUCAUCAACUUCUAUUAAGAGUCAUAAUAGACACAUAUUUUACCUUGCGCAUCCAUUAGGUGCGCAGUACCGGGCCGAUAUCCCUCCCUAUUACCUCACAUCCGUGUCGGGCGAUACGCUGGGUAACAUCAGUUUGGAGACGUCUAAGUCGCGGCUCGGGAAGAUUAUAUUCAAGGUCCUAGUGAGCUCAGGAAGAAGCUGGACAGACCAUCCAUUAUUCCACCAGAAUGCCGAACUUCUAUUUAGUGUUAAGCAGAAAUGGGCAAAUGGUCAUUACAUAUGGACCAACUCCAACAAUAAGCAGGUGGCGUACGAGGAUAACAAAUAUGAUCAACAUAGACUUGUCAUCACAGCAUCAAUGAAAACAGAUAUCAGAGACGCUCUGGUCGCUACAUGGUGUUAGAAGCUAUGGCAUGAUACAUCUGAAAGCAGCCAGGCUAAGAGAGAAUAUAUGGAAAGUAUCACGCCGCCUGAGGAAAUGCUGUCAAAUAGGGGUAUGCGAUCGAUGAAUAGUAUUGGGGCACUUGGUAGUCUCGCUGGAUUAGGAUAGAGUAUUCGGGGCAUUACCUUCAGAUAUAGGAAGUCUAGAAUUAGCCUUGGAGCAUGAAUGACUACGAUUUAGUGGCGAAGCCUUAUUCUUAUAAUUCCAGGUGCAUAUUAGACUUUUCCUGUGA